UACUGCCUGCUGCCUGCUGCCUGUCUGCCUGAGCUCCAGGCACUGCUGUCCUCUCCGCUCCCUCCCCCCACAUGCAGCUCUCCGUCAGGGGCAACGCUGACAUCCCCUGACUGCCUCCACAGCUCCAUAGCUCUGUGGUGCAGAUUCUCGCUCUCUCUGAAUGAGUUUUUUUGCUCUCCUCUGCCUGCUCUAGCUCUCAAGCUGAGGAAUUCAGCGGAUAAUCAGUGUGUCGGCGAGUGACAGAGAGGAACUGAAGCAAAAAGAGUGAGAGAAAGCCUGGAUCAGGUGCAGCAGCCUUCCCUUCAUCUGUCUCUUUCUGUUACUCUCUCUUUCAGUCUGUCUUCAGCCUGGCACAUACAGAAGGGUAGACAGAACUCAUAAUUCAGGAAUAAGCCUUCCUUCACUCUCCUUCUCUGGGACUCAUCGCAAAGGAGGCGAGAAGAAGAGGGAGACACUCACAGCAGGAGUCUUGCUAUUUUUCUUUGCUCGCUUUGCGUCCCACCUCGCCAUACCCCUCCCCUCUAUCCCACCCACACCCCUGCUUGCUCCAGCCAACACACACACACCCAGAGUGUGUAUCCAGGGGCAGACAGACAGACAGACAGAUAAUCAGACGGACGGACAGAUUGCCAGACGGACGCAGAAGGAUAUGGAGUCCAAAGGAAGUGGCAGGUUUUCUAUGUCCAGGUGUUUGCGCUCAGGAGACACCGUCCACGCCAGUGUUGUCGUCACACUUCUGCUCGGAGUAUGGUGUGCUUCAGCACUGGAGGUGUCAGUGGGGAAGGUGCCCUUCAUGGAGGCGAUGAAUGGCAGCACGGUGCUGUUACCCUGCACCUACUCCAGCUGCAUCGGCAUCAAGAACCUCUACUUCAACUGGCACUACAACGACAAUGGCACCAUGACGAAGCUGUGUGAGGCAGUGAUCCCUAUAGGAGGUGUGGAACCACGGGUGCAGGUGUACCACGAGCGGAUAGAGUUUGUGGGCAGCAGUAAGCACAACAACAUCUCCAUCCUGCUGUUCAACGUGACCUUCGAGGACGAGGGAGAGUACACCUGUUUUGCCCGGAACCCCAAGGAGAAGAACCGCAACCAUAGCGCCAUCUUUACCCUCUUCGUGGUGGAUGAGUUGAAAGUGGUUGACAAUACCGUAACCACCAUCAUCGUGUCUGUCGUGGGUGGAGUCAUUGGCUUGAUCAUCGUUGUCAUGGUGACAAAAACUGUGGUGCUCCUCAUCCUAAGAAAGUCUGCAGAGAAGAAUAAAGAGUGCCUUGUGAGCUCAGGACAGGACAACACAGACAAUGGACUCAACACAGCCAAAGCUGACAACAAAGCAACACCAAAGGCAUGAAACAUGUGCACCUAUGUAUAUGUACAUAUAUGUCUGUACAUGUAUAUAUGUACACAUGCAAAUAUAUUGAACAGACAUAGAAAGAAAGCUAUUAUCAAUGGACUGUUUUAUCUUUAUCUAAUGACAAAAGUAUAACAUAAACCAAUGUGAAAUAAUAUGUAAAAUGUAUAUUUUAAAUUGUGCUAGAGAUUUGGGGAACAUGAUAGGUGAUCAGGGCUGGAUCAGACACACUCCAAUGACACACCCUAAAAUAUUGUGUACCCAAAUUGGGGUUUAUUGAAGUAUUUAACUGAAUCUUCUCAAACCCUAUUUCUGAACAUUUCUUGAAUCAACAUCGAUGUCUCACCAGUUACUCAUUCAUGUACACUAGGUAAAAACAGCAGGUUGACGUUUAUUGGGAUGCAUCUUGUCCUGGGGGCAGAGCUGAGCGGUUUCCACUAGAUUUAAGUUUAGGGUUAGGCAUAAGGUUAACAGUGUGGUUAAGGUUAGGGUUAAGAUU